GUUAAUUGGAAUAUUGAAAAAUGUUUUAAUACACUUAGGUAUGAUAAAGGUUUUACUUAGAGAAUAAUUUAACCAACAAUACGAAUGCCUGUAUAGACCUAAUAGUCUAUCAUAAUUCCAUUAGAUAAAUCGAGCUAAUUACAAUCUACUAGAAGAGUGUCAUAGAACAUGGAUUAACAAAUUUCAAAUGUUUCUCCAAUAAGAUUAAUCACAAAUAAAGUAUCAGUAAGUCCAAAUGUCGUUAAAUAUCCAUAAUAAUCCUAAAAUACAACAAUGACGCCAUAAAAAAUUCCUUAUAAUUAACGUUAAAAUUAGACUCCGACAAAGCAUUAAGCUUUGCAAUCAAGAACCCUAACUCCAAAUGUAUUAUCAUAACAGAAAUAGAGUCUUACCAAUAACUAACAUAUUUAAUCGAAUAGAGUUCACACUGAUGCUGGUUUCUCAACUCCUUUGCACAAUCAAAGAGAGAAAGAGAAUUAAGAAUAUUCAAAUGAUAAGUUAGCUGCAUAAUAUCAAAAUUUAUAAGAGCAAUUGAUAUAAUCAGAAUUUAAAAUUAGCUAACUAGAACAAAAGAGUAGACAACUUCAAGAAUAAAGAAAGAAAUUAUAAUAAUAAUUCUUGUAGAAGUCCCCAAAACUGGCUUCCCAGUUAUGA